AUGUCUUCCUCUACAUCCUCUUACCCCGCUGCGAUGGACGUGGAUACUCCUCCCACCUCCUCCUUCGGUUCUUCUUCUUCUUUUCUCCCCCAAGGCAGUCCCGCCAUCCCUGCCUUUGGUGCUCCUUCUUUCUUCCCCUCCCAAGUCAGGCACACCCCCCCUGUCUUUGGAGCUCCCUCCUCUCUCUCCUCUCCUCUUUCUUCUACCUACUCGGUUGGAAUGAAGGUGGCCAGACACACCACCUCCAUUCCGACUGAGGAUGAUCUCAUUUCCUCUUUUUCUUCUUUCAACGUUGGGGCUCCGGCUACACCCCUUCCUCGUGCUCUCAGACGUGGAAAGCAGGAGCCUCCUCGUCUCUCCCCUCUUUCUCUUAUGGCUGCUCGAGUCGCUUGGGCUAAGUGCAGGAAGAGCAAGUGCUCUCCUUCUGGCAAUCCCUUCCGCCAGAAUCACGCAUUCUACCGCAAGUACUCUCACAUCUCUUUCUCCCCCUCCCGCAAGAGCCACUCUGAGAGGAGCGAUACCCCCCGUGGCACCUCUUCUCCCCGCGCCCCUGCUGAUCCCCUUGGACCCAAGUCUGAGGGAGUAAGCAAGCGUCGUGGUCCCGCCAAGGGUCAGGGCAGAGCUCAGGUGAAGCAGCAACAGUAUCAGGGCAAUCGUCAGCCUCCCCGCGGUCCCCGGAACUCUUCCCCUGGUCAGCCUCGGUCUUACCCCCAGCCUGCUCGAGGUCACACUCGCGGGCCUAGACCGAAUCGCUAUCAGGGUCCGGGGACUGCUCGGAAUGGUCAGAAUCCCUUUACGCCUGCUGUGAAUCCUUUCUCUCAACCCUUACCCAAGGCUUCCGCUCCCGCUCCUCCUUCUCAGCCACGCAAUCGCAACUCUCGGGGUGGUUACCGCGGUCGUUACCGUGGCUCUCACCGCAACCCCAUCUCUCUCUAGAGUACUUGCUUCCUCUUUUUCUCUCCCCCUCUCUUUGCGUUUGUUUCUUCCUGCACAAAAGCCCAAAAAAACUUGAAAAGCCUUAAGAGAAAAAAAAAUCCGCGUUUCCUUUGUCUUUGGUUUUGAGAUCAUCAUUCUUCCGCUUUCUUAUGUCUUCCGCUUCCGUUUGCUUUUGUUUCUAUUUCUCUCUCUCUCUCUCUCCCCUCUCUUCUCUCCGCCGUUGUUUUUGGUUUCUGCGAAUCUGGUGGACUUUUAUCGCUUGCAUGUAGGCGAUUACUGCUAACCUCCCCGGCCCCGGCGAGCCACCAUCGGGAAAUCGCCUUUCUC